GCGUUUAUCCAGAACUCGCAGACUCUCCGCCGUCAAUAUCCCGCCAUCUCCCGCCGGUAUGAAUCGAUUGAACGGCCGGCCGGCCGCGAGCAAAAUACCACGGCUGCUCCGGAUACCGCGAGCGAGCAUAGGGCUGAAACAGUACAUAUCAAUGGGCCGUCAGAGAGAUCUCUAGAACGUGAUCGUGAACAGCGUGUUUUUCGCUUGCUCAAAAACGUGGAGCGAAAUAUGCUCCAUUUGACCCUCUAUCAAUCCUAUCCUCACCUGAACUAUGAGAACCCGUUUGCUACUCGAUUACCGCCGAAAGAACACUUCUUGAAGAAGAGUAAUUUGUCUCUUGCAAAUAUUCUGCAAAAUUAUUUGACGACCAUCGAUCAGCCACUUCCAAACGACGCCGAGCACAGCGGCAAUCGCACUUCCGAUGCAGCUAUUCGACGUGUAUUCAAUGCCGCAUCUUUGCGCUACCUGUCUGCAAAAGGCUACUCGCCCAACGACGUUAUGGCAUGGGCGUGGAUCCUCGGGACAGAACAGACUUAUCGCGCAGCAUUGAGGCUUUUUGUCUGGGACAGUCACCCUGGACACCGGCCAACGCCACUAUUUGUUUUGAAACUUCUUUUACGCCGAACAACCCUGGACGUCAAGGCUUUUCGGGUUCUUCUUUCUUAUUCACGAUUGCGCAUAAACCAAUUGUCUCUUGGAACCUCAGCCUCUGUGAUACAACUCGACGAAAUCAACUUGGACAGAACCUCACCACACGUUUUGCAGAACAACCCAUUAGACAUUGUCAGGGUUAAAUCUUUGGUCACUCUUUUGCUGCGAAAAGCUCGUGAACUCUGGCCGGAAGCAUUAAUCUACAUAACACGAUCUUUUGCUCAUUAUCUAAUCCAUCAGCUUGAUUCUAGCCACACAACCAAGGCCGAGAAAGGCGGUAUUGACUCGCUCCGUGCUUAUCAUUUUAAUGAGUGUCUACGCGCAUUGGCUAUAACCCCUCGGCGUGGACCGUUUGCUUCUGCGUUCAUCCAAGAAAAGGCACAGUUUGAAUUGCUAAAGGCCAUGGCCUCACAUGAUCCGGUGUUACCUGUCAAUCGCCAGGGUUAUCAAGCCCUAAUUGCAGUACAGCUAUGUCACCCAAAGACCCCGGCCGAGAGAGUAUACACGAUGCAGAAAUCUCCCUCAUGGCCUCCAUGGAAGGAAGCCCGAUUGGGCAUGGACACUGAACGGGGAGACGAGGGCAUGAAAAGCCGUGCGAUGCAAGUCAUGUCUCAAAUGACAGAAGCUGGUUACCCUCGUUCUACCUAUGAAGAAAUUGCAAGUAUUCUUGCAGGCUGGGAUACGGACGGUAGUCCCACCAUUCAAACUCGAAGUUUGAUGCCAAUGGCACCAUCACAGGAACAACGUUGGAAUCGGUCAAAGAUCGACUCGGCAAUUUGGUCGGCUCGGAUUAGAGCCACUCGGACACUGCGAGAAGCUUGGGCAUGCUUUCUCUCCUACCAAAAUCUCUAUCCUGUCCCUACUCAGCGGGUAUAUCAAGCGAUGGCGGAAAAGCUGGUUUACAGUGGGGUUAUCAAGGAAAAUGAAUCUAACAACCCAGAUUCCCCCUUACCCGGGGAUGGAUAUGAGGUUUUCCCUGAACCAAGCUCGGCUCGCGAUGUGCUGUAUGUUCCGACCGAACCGCCGUCGCUGGACCAGUUGCUUCGGCAGAUGGCAUCACAAGGAGUUCGUCCGAGCGAGAGUUUUGUCUCGUUACUUUUGCGUACUUGUCCGGAUCCUUCAACGGGGUUGAAAUACGCGUGUGACUUUUUAAGUCGGAAGCAACUUAGAGCACUAUGCACAACUGAUCACGACCAAAGCACGACUAAAACACUCAGCUCGAUACAAAAUCGUCUCGUCGAUUCUUUUAUCGCGUGUCUCUGCUCACCGGUGCCGUACGAUGACUGUAAAUAUCGUUUGUCUGAAGCAGAUGCGUUUCCGGUUUUGAUACGGACACCUUUGUCCUCGACAGGAAGCAUAUUGGUUUCCGAGGAGCAGACUCCUGACGAAUUUACGAAAUUCUCCCAACCACGAGCGCUGUCACAUGCCGUGCAAGUGCUGAGAUCUCUCAAACCGGCGCGAGUAUCAGCAUGGCUGCCGCUACUCAAAGCUCUGGGUUCCUAUAGAACUUGCGCUAGCGAACGACAUAUCAAACGAGAUAGACAAUGGUUCCUAGCGUGGUAUGAAAUUAUCGAGGUAUUGCAUUGGAUGUCAGAGACCGAGGUCGAGGCUGGAACGGAUGGAUUGAGGACUCUCUGCCAUGUGUUUGCCGGUGCUGUAUCGGCUGGGAUUCGCAGUAUGAGCACCGCUGAAGAAGCGCUGUUGCUGGUACAAAAGGCCAAAGACGACAAGGGAUCGAGCUAUGACGUUGCUGCUACCUUUGAGAUAUUCGUUUUGGACGGACUACGCUAUCUGAAGACGUACUUCGACCGUCUCGUUCAUCCACUGCCAGUCUCUCCGGCGACGCACAGUGAAGCCAAUAACAAUAACGAGGUUGCAGCGUUGGUUAACAAGCCCCUUCCUGAAAUUUUCCAAGUGCCAGGACCAGAUACAUUGCAUGCCUUAGUGCGGGCAUUAGGUACAGCCGAAGACAACGAUGGCAUUAUGAACCUGCUCCAAUGGAUGAGCCGGUCUCCCACAGAACUGAGAAAGCGAGCAAGCCAGUCUCUCGGCGGCCAUCGAAUGUCACGCCGCACUCUGACAGCCAUCCGCAUAUUUCUUGAGUCUGGAGGCAACGAGGACCCUCACUACAUCGGACAAGGCACAACAAGCAGUAGCAGCGACCCCGAGAGCUCUGAUACAGAGCCGACCUUUUCGGACGGCUAUGUUGAAGAAGCAUACCAAAUCAUCACGGCCACGCAGGGCUUGGGACCGUGGCCUUCGGACGAUGAAGUUCGCGAAUAUAUUUUUAUUUUUAUUUUUAUUUCUAUUUUCUAUUUCUGUUUUCUUUCCUAA